AUGUCGUCAGCUCAGACUCUCUUCCUGUCUGCCGUACUGGCAGCGUUCAUCAGUCUGAUGGAUGCCGUGCCUGCCUACAGCGGUCUGGCCGAGCUAUCCGAAACAUCUAGGGACGAGGUUCAGGACGUGGAGGGAAAGAGUCCUCUGAGUGAGCGGCAGAAGUGGUAUCUGACAGCCCGAGAUCUGCAGAGAGACAUCAAGACGCUGCGAGACCAGCAGUUUGAGAGGGACUUCAGAGAGAUGGUGAACAUGACGGCGUAUGAAGGCGUGAGGAUCAAAACCCCUCUCCUCAGACCCUCAGACGGCUGUCUGUCCAGAAACUUCAGCGCGGAGAGGUGUCUGAGCCGUAUUUACAGCGUCCUGUCCUGGUACAGAGAGAACUGGAGCAUCAUUGAGAAGGAAAACCUGACCUCUAGCCUGGUGAAGGACGUCAAACACGGGAGCAAACGGCUGCUGGAGGCCAUUCACAGACAGCUGCAGAUAGUGGAUGGACAGGAGGAUCAGAUCUCCAGCGCUCCUCUAUCGGUCAGAUCCGCAUGGACACACAAGACCACGGUCCACUCGAUCCUGUUCAACUUCAGCAGCGUGAUGAUCGACUCGUACAGAGCCCUUCAUUACAUCAGCAAAUGCAAAGCAGCGCACCGAGCUAAAGACACCAAGAGACCCGCAAACUGGAGCUCUGACAAGAACUGAUUUAUCCUGACUAUCCUAUUUAUUUAUUUAAUCCAGGGCAUGAUAAUUUAAUAUUUAUGAGUCUGUGCUUUUAACUUAUUGACUUCUAAACAACACUGAUAUUUAUAAAUGCAGUAUUUAUGUGGCAUUUAUUUUUAUUGCCUGUGCAUGGCGUAAGUACGACGCUGGAAAUCAGUGCUGAUGAACUGGUUUAGUUUAUUUGAAACUGAAAAACUGAGACCAUGCAUCUAAUUUGAGUCAAUAAAAAAAACAAAAAACAAAGAAA